CACCCGAGCUAGUCCGGGAUGCGCUCCCAGGGCUUCCGCCCGCGCCGGACCGCGCAGUGGCGUCAUCUUCUCGCGCCGAGCCUACGCCCUACGAUCGCCUCAUUCCCGGCGCGCUCCCAGGAGGCGGGCUGGAGCAUGGCCGCUGCUAACCCCUGGGACCCGGCGACCGAGCCCAACGCCGCUGGGCUACUGCUGGGCCGCCUUGUCUCCUCAGGAAUUGUCACUCAGGAGAUGUUAAACAUAUCGAAGAAAACAGCUCCUUGCUUUGUAAACUUCUCCAGACUACAGCAGACCACAGAUAUUCAAGCUGAAAUCUACCAGAAAAACCUGGAAAUUGAACUUUUGGAACUGGAAAAAGAAACAGCAGAUGUUGUUCAUCCUUCCUAUUUGGCUCAGAAGUGUCAUACCCUGCAAAGCAUGAAUACUCAUCUAGAAGCAGUGUUAAAAAAGAAGAGGUCUCUCCGGCAAAGGCUGAUGAAGCCCAUGUGCCAGGAAAACUUACCUAUGGAAGCUGUUUACCACAGAUACAUAGUACAUUUGCUGCAAUUGGCUGUGACUUUCAUUGAGAAAUUGGAAACCCAUCUUGAAACAAUUAGAAAUAUCCCUCAUUUAGAUGAAAAUCUGAAGAAAAUGAGCAAGGCUUUAGCCAAGAUGGAUAUAUUGGUGAAUGAGACAGAGGAACUGGCAGAGAAUAUACUCAAGUGGCGAGAACAACAGAAAGAAGUUUCUUCUUGUAUCCCCAAAAUGUUAGAUGAAGAAAAUUAUACCUAUAAACCUGACAGUAUUAUGCCAGGCCAGGGGUAGAGCUCUGCAGCACAGCGCCAGCCUGGCAGGUGAAAGGUCCUGAGUUCAAUUCCUGGUUCUAAAAAGCAACGACAAAAAAACUAUUAAUGCCAAGGGCUCAUCAUCUUUAUUUUUACUUACAUAUAUAUGUAUAUAUGAAGUCCAUUUCUGGGGGAGUGACACAUGGGAAUAUAGACUUAGCUUAUACCAGUACUUAAAGAGCUCUGUUUUUAUUGGACUACCAAGAUUCCAGGGUUCAUUAGGACCAAAGUUAUUUUUCCUUUGUUUUUCAUGUAUUCUUAAUGUAUUUUUCAGAAAGCUAAUACAAAUAAAAUAUAGCUGUAUUAAUUAACAUAAAUGAAUUAACCGUUCCUCAGGUA